AUGGCAUCAGUUUCCUACACCCUUAAUAUUAAUAAUAAGAGAAAUACACUUUUUAUUAAACCUAUUUUUAAUAAAACGUUAGAUUUUUCUAAACAAACCCCUAUGGAUUUAUCAAUGACUGAAAUUGAGGCCAUAGCAAGAGAGGAAUUCCCUAUUUUGAACAGAGAAGAUCACGACCUUAAGGAUUUAAUUUAUUUUAACAACGCUACAACAACACAAAAGCCGAAUUAUGUUUUAAAUGCUUUGUUCAAUUACUAUACAACUAACAAUUUCAGUGUUUACAGAGGCUCUGGAUCAUACCAUGAUCAGCUUUCUACACAGAUAUAUGAAAAUGCAAGAAAGAAAGUCGCAGAAUUCGUCAAUGCACCAUCUAGCGAACAGAUAUUAUUCACCUCCGGAGUUACAGACUCAAUUAACUUCGUCUCUACCACUUGGGGGCCACAAUGCUUGAAAAAAGACGACGUGAUCCUGUUACCCUUGUCUGAACAUAACAGUAAUCUCCUCCCAUGGUGGGUUCUGUGUGAUAGAGUCGACUGUAAAAUAGAGUAUGUAAAGGUAAUUUUCAUUUCAAUUAUAUCAAUUCAGUUGCACCAAAACGGUCAAAUUGAUCUCUAUCACCUGGAGUCACUCCUAAAGACUAAGAGUCCCAAGUUACUUUGUUGCGGCCAUGCAUCCAACGUUUUGGGAGUGAUUCAAGAUAUGAAAACCAUUUCAAAACUAGCCCAUAAGUAUGGCUGUUUGGUUUUAUCAGACUCUGCUCAAACAGUUGGGAAAGUCAAGAUCGAUGUGCAAGACUUGGACGUUGACUUCUUGGCAGGAUCAAGCCAUAAGAUGUAUGGACCCACGGGCGUGGGAUUUUUAUACUAUAGAAAAAGUUUGCUUGAGGAUUUAGAACCACAAAAAUGUGGUGGAGGAACCGUCAAAGAUGUAACAUUUGAAUCUUGUGACUACAUUGAACCUCCGUUCAGAUUUGAAGCAGGCACUCCACCAGUAGCUCAGGCGAUAGGCCUAGGAGCAGCAGUUGACUUUAUUAACAGUAUUGGAAUUGAUAGGAUAAGGAAACAUGAUAAGAUGCUUUUGCAAUAUUUAUAUGAAAGAAUGAAGGAUUUAGUAAAUUUGUAUAAUUUUGACCCAACACUUGAUAGAUUACCCAUAAUAGCCUUUAACGUCGAUGAUGUCGACCCAUUUGACUUAUCUGCUCUACUUGCCUCAAAAAAUAUAAUUACGCGUGCAGGAAAGCACUGCGCAUAUUUAUUGCAUAAAACGUUUUACUGUACCAACACAGUUCGAGUAUCCCUCGCCAUGUAUAAUAGUAGCUCCGAAGUUGACAAAUUCAUAGAAGUUCUUAAGGAGUCAAUAUCAAUUUUAAAGAAACAAUGA